CUAUGUACUUCAACUGAAGUACUCUGCAUAGACAACCAAUCCCUCACAUCCAUACGGUUUCUAUGCAAACAUCUACAACUUUCAAGAAGCCUUCAGAUUUUUAUAUCUAGGUUUUCAGAAUGCAAAUAUUCACAACUGGAAGAAGCGUUAAGAUUGAGAGAGAAAUAAGCAACGCCGAGAGGAAAAAAAUUGAGUUGGUUUUCCAUCAGUGUGAUGUGGGUCAGAAAGGUUAUUUGUCCAGAGAAGAUCUUAAGAUAGCGGUUGUCAUGCUUUUUGGAUACAAGCCAUCAAAGUCAGAGACAAAUGUUUUGAUGGAGAAUGGCACUAUUAAAGACUGUCCAGGGGUCCUGCUGGAGCGGUUUGCAUCUCUCAUGGGGAGGAAGAUGUCAGCAGAAGAUCCAUAUGAGAAGACAAGGCAGAUCUUCAGAGCAUUUGAUGUACACUGUCGUGGCUUCUUGAAGCUGGAUGACUUCAAAAGCGCCUUCAAGCGAGUUGCCCCUCGUCUGCCGGAGAGGACUGUGCUGGAGGCUUUCCGGCAUGCAGAUCGGGAUUCUGAUGGUCAUAUCAGCUUCAAGGACUUUGAAAAUGUCAUCAGCUAUGGUUUGGCGAACAUCUGCAGCUCCACACAAAAUAAGAGUCUGGAAACUGCUUCUGAAAACAAUACAUCAAACUAGAUCUCCCAUAAAACAAUACGUAUUCACAUCCUUGCGAGUUUUCCCCCCUUUCUUUUUGGCUUUUAAUUGAAAGCUUUGACAGUCAGGUGUUCACAUUGACUCUUCAAUAGAUAAUUGUUAGCAAUUUAGAGAAAACCGUUUGGCCUUGUCUGUUGAAAGCCAGAGUAACCUCAAAUGCUUGAUACUUGGGUUUGAUGAUGAGUUUUGAUGUUGUAUCGAUCCAUUUGGACUGAGGCUGCACCACGUAAUAGAGAAGCACACAUUUUUAUUGUGCAGUUGCCUUACAAACUACAUUAAAUUUAACCCAGCCUCUCAGGGUCUACUUCACUAGAUGCGGGAACAAUAUUCCCAUCCCAGCUUUCUGAUAUUCUGUACUCUGUGUCUCUUAAAAUGAAUUCUGUGAGUUCUGUCACCCCAUUUUAUGGCAAGUAAGGGGUCGGAUCUUUAAAAUUCUCCUUCCUCGUUCAAUUUCCAUCUGCAAAAUAGGCAGGUUGGCUUAAAAUUGAAUAUUAACUAGCACAUUCAGAUUCUGUUUUUGCAGAACUCCCUGCUAGCGACAUACAGUAUAUUAAAAAGCCCAAGCGUGCUCGUUCAGGGAGGAUUUUAUACAACUCGUCUUGUUACAUGCGAUUAUGGAACUGUAAAUACUUGUUUGUGUUUCGAGAGAUUUGCUGCACU